AUGCCUUGUGCGGAAGGUGAACUGUGCCUUCAACACGACAGGACGCCGCAACCCCCUCAUGGCCACCCCUGCAAGGGAGGAUGUGGCGGGCGGCUCCACGGCAAUUGCGGCAGCGUGUUUGAGGACAACGAGCAGCACCGCAUCUGCAGCACGUGUGUCGCCAGGACUAGCAAGCGCAAAGCAACACCAGCUAAGGGUGCUGGGGCGGGACCAUCUAAACGCCAGAAGCAGACGAGCGGGGGAAGCAAGAAAGGAACGGGUUCUCGUGCGCGGCUGGACAACAACAAGAAGCUCGAGAUUCUGAAGUUGCUGGAUCAGAAGGUGUCUCACGCACAGAUUGCAGACCGCUUCACGUGCUCGCUUCGGUUUAUUGGGACCGUGAAGGCUGGCCGGCAGAAGGUGGAGAUAGCAACUGCUGCAGGCUGCGGCAGCCAGAAAGCUGCACGCAAAGGAGAUUUUCCGGAGGUGGAUGAGAUAGCUCUUGAUCUACUCGACAAAGCCCGCAAGGCCAAGAUGCCCGUCACACGCGAUGUCCUUCGAAGCUUCGGCCGUUCCGCCAGGGCAACCCUGCUGGCUGACAUCGCAACUUCUGCAGCAGUGAGGGAGAGGGUGGAGGACUUCAAGGCCGGCGAGAGGUGGGCGAAGAACUUCGUGAAGCGCAAUAAGAUCCAGAGCGUGAGACUUCAUGGCGAGGCUGGUAGCGUCGACAAGGAGGCCAUCAAGGAGGUCAUGGAGGAAAUCAGGGCCCUUUGCGAGAUUUUCCCGGCUAGUUUCAUCUUCAACGUCGACGAGACAGGCCUCCAGUGGAAGCUCAUGCCCAGGCGCACGUACCUUUUCACAUCGGAGGAUCGGAAGGCGGCGCGGGGCUCAAAGAGCAUGCACUUCAAGGACCGACUGUCUGCCAUCAUGUGCUGCAAUGCCGACGGCACUGCGAAGGUUGACAUGGGCAUCAUCGGGAGGGCAAAGGAACCCCGCUGCUUCAAGAACGGGGGUUCACCUCUGAAGAAGGAGCUGCUCGAUGUGAAGACAUCAACCAUGUUGGUGGCUGACACACUUCGCACCCAGGCCAAAGCCCGCAAGAUGAAGGCCGGGACAAUGGGGCUAGCGCAAGGGCACCAACCUCACGUGCGGGACGCCGCUGAACUUCUCCAGAAAGCAUGGGCCAGCGUCACCGCCCAAGACAUCGCCAGAGACGGUCAACACGUUACGCACGAGCGUGCAGGACGCGCAGAAGCAGGGAUCCCGCGUCGUGGACGAGGAGAUCAGCGACUGUUGGCAGAACUCAACAUCAAACCCGGAAAGCAAGUCGCGGGGGAAGCGGUGGCCGCGAUUCAGGGGCGGGCUACCAUCGAGGACAACGAGGAGGUGGUAGAGGCUCUUCGAUUGGACGCGGUGGAAGACAUGACAGCACUGCUGGCUGGAACGAACUUGUCUACCGGCGGCGACGACGAGGAGGACGAACAGGACCAGGGCGGCGGCGGUGAGAACACGGGGCGCGAGCGCCGUGCCCCACGUGCGCCACCGGGUUAUGAAGAACUGUCGUCUCACUUCGGCGCCCUGGAAGUGGCAGCAGAGGACAGUGGCAACGGAAACGCGGCGUUCUACCUAACGAAAGCGAAUAUGUCGGUGAUCGCAGCGCAUUCCGCUAGGCGGGUGCGCCAGACAGACAUUAGAGGAUUUGUCGCGACGUAGAGUUCAUGGUUGUUUAUUUUUCUUGAGGUUCGCUUCCUGUCGUGUACUUGUAGUUUUUAUUUUUUUUCUUGCAACAUCGAAGCGGGUACGCCAGGCAGACACUCCAGUGUCGCGACGUAGUUUGGGGGGGAGAUACAACUGUAGUGCAGUAGUAUUGAUUUUUGUUUUCUUGCAGUGCGCUUCCUGUCGUGUUUCAUUUUCUGGUUUGUCUUUUGUAUCUUGCAACCUCGAAGGAGGGGCUCUAGGACUGAGAUAUAGCUACGUCCACUCUGUACGAACGGGAGCUUUAC